GAUUCUGGUCAAUUGAGGGGUUAAGUUUAGUGUACAAAAGGGCAAUUUUACCCUACAUUAUAAGAGAGUUGAAUAGUUUGCAGUGAAGCUCUAGGGUUGCAAUGGCUGAGGCACCAGUACUGGGGGCAUCAGUGGCCUGUGACACGUACAAGGACUAUCUUGUGCUGGGCAGAACAGGAAUGGGCAAAAGCACCACAGCAGACAGGUUGCUGGUUGUAGACUCUGUAGCAGGUGCUGAUGACGUGACUCCUGUAGAAAAAGAAGGUGGUAAUACACAGCUAGAUGAUAUUCUAAUAUGGACACUCGGCGGACGGAGUGUGGAGGAUGUUGAAAAGCGUGUCAAGUUCUUUUUGGGAAAUAGAGCUGUCGGUUUGACUAUGGUUGAUCCUGAAAAUACGAGUCUAGAUUCUGCUGCUAAAGAUUGUGUUCUAUUGUCGAAUGAGAAUACUAGGAUUCGUGUUCUCGAUGUUCCUGGUUUCCACUCUUCCUUGUCUUCUUCUCAGCAAGUAGCUGCCCUAGAUCUACAAGUAGCCAAUCAAAGCAACCUAGGCAUCAUGAGGCAGAUCCUUCGAAUACAAGCUAUCAAAAAGCUGCGCUUUCACCGCAUUAUUUACUUUCUGCCUUAUCGUGGUGUUUGUGAGAGAGCUGAUAAAAGCUUCCAGGAGGAGAUCGAGGUGAUGUAUCAUUAUUUUGGUCGUCUUAUUUUUGAUUCAAUGAUUGUUAUAGCCACAGAACGUCGUCAAAAGAGCACGUUGAAUGCAAUCAACCAAGAAGAGAUUGAAGAAAUUCGAGUAACACUCAAUCGUAUCUUUCAACUUGCCCUCGCUAAACCUGAUCAAAAUCCAGAUGAAGUUCAAGACAUCCCGGAGCCUCCAAUCAUUUAUCUGUCUUUGGAGGAAUCCAACUCUGAUGUACUAAAACGAUUGCAAAAGACAGAAGUAGCAAACAUGGAUGGAUUACAACUGCACCUUCACGAGAACACUUGCGCUUGUUGCUCCCUAAAGCUUGGUGUGUAUAAGACGCCAACUGGUUUCGAGCCAGUUUCGAUUCAAGAAAGCGAUGGCAGCCUGUCGCCCUACGACCAAUCUCAGUGCCACCCUCUCAUCAUACCAAAGUAUAGUAAGGUGGAAAAGUUCUUUGGAGGUGUGGCAUAUAUUGUGUUGCUUGGAAUCCCGUUACUGGCUGGCAACCCUUGGCCUGGGUUUUUCAAUCACGACGAAGAGUGUGCAAAAUGCAAGAAGCCUCCUGGAUCUCCCGGCUGUACUCUGAUUGACGAGGAAUGGGUAACGGCAGGGAACAGGAUUAAAGUCGAUCACAAGUGUGAAGUAGAAGUACAAUCAUAGCUUACUUGUUUUACAAACAUAUUUAUUAGUGGAGUAGAUAAAAUACAUGUUUAGUAGUUGUGUUUUGUCAAUCUUCUUUUCUCUUACCUUUUUGUUUUGUUACUAUGGAUAUUGAAUGAUAAUAGAAUGAAGUAA